AGACCUAACUUAACUAUUGCAUUGGCAUACAAAUCCCCGUAUUUAAUCCAGGCAAUAAAAGGCCACUGAGGGAACAAGACUAAAAGACAGGAAUAGAAGAAGAAGACCCUUGCACGCACAUAGCUACAAAGAAAUUAAUUAAAGAUGGGUCACCAUUCUUGCUGCAACCAACAGAAGGUUAAGAGAGGACUUUGGUCCCCCGAGGAAGAUGAGAAACUCAUCAGAUACAUCACCACUCACGGCUAUGGUUGCUGGAGUGAAGUUCCAGAGAAAGCUGGGCUUCAAAGGUGUGGUAAGAGUUGUCGCCUGAGAUGGAUUAAUUAUUUGAGGCCUGAUAUUAGAAGAGGCAGGUUUACACCUGAAGAGGAGAAGUUAAUUAUAAGUCUUCAUGGGGUCGUUGGCAACAGAUGGGCUCACAUUGCAAGCCACUUACCAGGUAGAACUGACAACGAAAUAAAGAACUAUUGGAAUUCUUGGAUCAAAAAGAAAAUUAGAAAGCCUUCUACGGUGACUUCAUCAAUCACCACUACACAAAGUGUUGAUCACCAGCUCCAAUUCAAUUUUAAUUCCAAUCAACUAGAUCACUAUGGCAACCAAGAAAAUGUAACAGCAAAGCCACCGGUGCAAGAAACCUUAUUUUCCUCGACGUGCCCCCUAUUUAUGUUUGACACUAGUUCAUUAGAUCAAGGGACAACAACUGUAGACACCACCAAUAAUGUACGAGCAGAACUGUUCCAAGAUUCAUUGGGUUUGAGCAGUAGUGAAACGUGGAACAUGAGCCACCAUCAAGUCCAUGCUCUUCCUCCUCAACUAGCAGCAACUUUUACAGCAACAAACGUUAUUGAUACUACGAAUUAUCUGCCACCAUUGAUAGAGAACGUUGAAAACAUGGUGCCAAAUAUGGAAGUACAGUCUUGUAGUAUAGACGAGGAAGGAGAAAUGGCACUAGAGUGUUUGCGGAGACAAGAUUUGAAUGAGUGGGUGGAGAAUCAACAACAAUGUCCCAGCUUUCUUUUCUGGGACAAUAUUAAUGUUGAAGGACAACUUCGAGGGGAAGAACUAGCACCAAACACGUCAAAUAUGGGAAACAAUACACUUUCACCUUUUCCUUCCUCUUUAUUCAUUAUAAAAUGGGAAGAAAGCAGAAUUAGGGUUUAUAUCGCGUAUAGUGUGGUAGCAGCAGCUGAGCUUGUUUCCGUCGCCGCUUCACCCACCGUAGCAACCAUGAUCAUUCCCGAGAAGAACCGUAAAGAGAUCUGCAAAUACCUCUUCCAAGAGGGAGUUUGCUUUGCGAAGAAGGACUUCAAUCUGGCAAAGCACCCAGAGAUUGAUGUGCCGAAUCUGCAGGUGAUAAAGCUGAUGCAGAGCUUCAAAUCCAGAGAGUAUGUGAGGGAGACAUUUGCGUGGAUGCACUAUUACUGGUUCCUCACCAACGAUGGAAUUGAGUUCCUCAGGACAUACCUCAACCUUCCUUCCGAAAUUGUCCCUGCCACUCUCAAGAAGCAGGCCAAGCCCGCGGGAAGACCAUUCGGUGGCCCACCCGGUGAUCGCCCCAGGGGCCCACCUCGCUUUGACGGAGAGAGGAGAUUCGGUGGUGACCGUGAUGGAUACCGUGGAGGUCCACGCGGACCUGGUGGUGAUUUCGGUGACAAGGGUGGAGCUCCUGCUGACUACAGGCCUUCUUUUGGGGGUGGUCCUGGUGGAAGGCCUGGUUUUGGUCGUGGUUCCGGUGGUUAUGGUGCACCAACUAGUUCAAACAUUCCUUCUUAAAUAUAAUGUUAUGUGCUCUAAUUUUUGCAGUUUUGGCUGUCAUUGGAGUUAAUAGUAGUUGUUCCCCUCUCCCAAUAGUUGCUCAUCUGACAAUUUACUUACUCGGUUAUUUAUGCAAUGAAUAUUUUGAAUUGAGUGUUUCUGUUAUAAUAGGUUGACAAUAUUGUUUCUGUUGGAUGAUUGAUGGUUUAGAAAGUGAAAAUUGGCUGGGAAAAAGCCUUUAUUUUUAUAUCAAAAA